AUGGUUGAUGAAAAGAAGCCUGUGGAACCAUCAAAAUCAGUAAAGAAUGUCAAACCACCAAAGAAAAUAUUUACGAAUCCUGCAUUUCAAGCAAUGGGUAUACCUGCUAUGAAAUUACCAUCACGAAAUUGGACAAUCUUUUGGAUUGCAGUAUCUGCUGCAGUUGGAGGCUUUGCUUAUGAUAAAUAUCAACAGAAGCAGAUUAUAACAAAAUAUUCGAAUAUGGUAAAACCAUUAGCUGAACAGAAAAUGGAUACUAAAACCAUUCCUAGAAAGAUUACUGUAUUUAUUGCUCCUCCUCCAAGUGAUUACCUUGAAACAUCUUUAAAGAUAUGGAGAAGAUAUGUAAAACCUGUGUUAUACUAUGCUGGUUUAGAUUACGAUGUUAUUGAAGAAGAUAGACAGGGAAUGAUUAGAACAGAAGUAGCAAAUAGAAUAAGAAAUUUAAGGAAACUUGCCAUUGAAAAGACACAAAACACUACCAAUCUAACAGAAAAAUCAGAGGAACCUGUAAAGGAGUUAACAAAAUCGCAGGAAAUUGAACUUGCCAAAGAAUAUAAGAAGAAUUUUGAUUGGAGGGAUGCCAUUGGAAUAUUUUAUAAACAUGCUAAACCCGAAUCAAUUGUAAGUGAAGAUCUGGAAUCUUCAGAUCCAUCAUUAGUGGGGGGUGUGAUAUGUAUCGGUAGAGGGGCCUACAAGGAGUACCUUACUGGGUUACAUGAGGGUCUUUUGGGACCUCUCGAAGCACCCGAACCUGAACCUUCUUUAAGCCCAUCAGAAAAUGAUAAAGACCCAUCAACAAUAAUGAAUCUUGCAGAAAAUGAAGGUACUGAUAUUCAAGAUGAAAAAAUUAAAGUUAUGGAAGAGCAAUUGGAAGAUGUAAAGAUUCCCUCAUCCGACGAAUCAACUUCUGUCGAAGAUACAUCUAAAGAAAAUAAAACUGAAGAAGAAUCUGAAAAUAAAGAAAUCGAUACAAAAGUAUUAAAGCCAUUUAUAAAACCAUCUGAAUAUGAUGCGUCUCCCUUCCCACCAUUGGAAUUAAACUCACAAGGAAAUAUUAUUAGAGAUAAUAUAACAGAUAUUCCAAUAUUGGCACAUCAACCACUUCUGGUUAUUCCUAUUCCAAAUUUGAUCGGAUUCCUUGCAAUCCCACAAAGAAUAUACAGAUUUUACAGGAAGAGAUAUCUUACAGAAGAAAUUUGUUCAGAAGUAGCAGAUUUGGUGCAGCGUGAACAUGUAAGACCAUUCGAAACACCAAACGAUUUACAACUAGCUGUAGACGAAGAGUACGAUUGGCCAAACUCAUGGGUGAAACAGGGUAUAAAGAGAAAAAGUGAAUGGACUAGAACUAUAGAGACUGAUCCCCGUAUUACACAACUACUACACACAUGCAAUAAACCAGUCUCCGAUGAAGUUGUGAGUCCCAUUGCAUCUCAAGUAGAAGAAGAUUCUGAUAAUAAUUAG